GCUGAGGCUCGACUUCUCUCUGUGGAGCUGAGGCCAUGUUUGUGCGCGCUCGUGCUGUGUGUGGGUGGGAUUUCACUCACGCUGCUGCGGACACUUGAGUCGAGAAGCAACAGUCAGAAAAGUGGAGCCACAUGAUUUUUAUGUCUCCUCUGACUGUCAUGGAGUCGCAGAAGAAAAAACACCAUUUACGACCGAUGUUUGUUUUUGUUUUCCUGUUGGGCACGCAGCUGCAUUUGGUCCUAGCGGGAGGUAAGGAGGACUGUCUGUGACUGUAUCGUGAUAUAGUCAGGUCGUGGGCAUAGCUGUGCAUGAACGCAGCAGUUGAGAUUAGAUUUGUGCAGGCCUGUGUCAUAUUAAGUGUAUUAAAACUCUCAAUGUUUGUGUUUACGUGUUUUUGGUGUCGAGUGAAGGGCAUGUCGGGACAUACUGACGACUGGAGGACGCGAAUGUCUGAGCCAAACAACUUUCCUGAAUGUCGACACUGUUUGUUGUUGCAGUGUAGCAACCUAACUUUUGCACAGGCGUUAAAUCACACUCAGUUCGUACACGAAUUUGUAACCUUAUCAGAAAUUAUGUGGUUUCCACUGUUGCGAAAGACUUUUAAUGUGGUCGAGUUAAAUGAAAGUCGUUGUUAAGGCCUCCGGACUGGGUGUACUGCGAAUAGGACUCUUUGCUUUGUACCUGAAAGAAGUGCCUGUGGCUACUUUGCAACACAAGCUGCAAGAAAACCCUUCAAUUUAAAGCGAAAUGGUUUCAAAAUGUGCAAUAUGUUGACGUUUACGUGAUUUAAAACGAACCACAAGUCAUUUAAAACUGUCUCAAAACAAAAAUAUCAAACUACGUUUAUUGUGUCUGGUGGUCUGACACUACAUUACAGGUGCAAUAACCGAAAAACCACAAACUCUCGACAAAGAACUGUCUAGAUAGAAAAAUAAGGUACCACUGACUAAUCAGACAAACUGCUCGUAUAAAGAGGAAGAGAGGUCACAAGUUAAAACUGAUUUCUUUCGACUGUACUGGGUCUAUGCUUGUAGUCAUAAAGUAACAAAAACUGCAAUGUACCAUCGUCAAUCAAAAUGUGGACAGUUUGAUCAUCUUUACCAUUUUUUUGAGCGGUAAUGUCAAACUUGGAUGGUUUAACCCACUCAAAUGAAUAGAUUUUUCUAUUUUUCAUUUAUGAGGUGCAUCAGUCCGUGAAGAGUUUCAGGUUUUGGAUCCUUUCUGCAGAAAAAGAAGCAAUGUGAAUAAGUCUGUGUUCUGUCGAACAAUGUGCUGGGCACUUUUCUGCAAUUAUUUUAUAUUUAAGAAUGAAAUAGAACCACUCAUCAUGCAGAUAAUCAGCAGAUUAAUUCAAACGAACUGUCUUUGCAGCUUUAAGAAUAAAAGUAUAUGACACUUAAGCAAAACAACACACAAAUGUGCUGUGGUGUCUUAUAAAUCUUUUUCAUACAAACUUUUUAAAAAUUUUAACUGUAUCAUAGGUAUUUAUAUAUGCCAUGAGUUGUUCACAUACAGCAGGUAAUUUGCCAGUUCUUUCCAUAAUACUGUCACAUAUUUUUUCUCAGACUGUCCUGCAGAUGGGCGCACCUGGGUGCCAUUUGGAGACAGAUGUUACCACUUUGUCCAUGGAGAUGAAGAUAAAGUCAAAAUCUACUCUUUUGAAAGUGCAAAAAAUCUAUGCCAAGGAUUCGGUACCAGAGACAACUUAUUUCUUAACAUUUUCUCCUUCCUUGUGCUUUAUUGAAUUUAAAUGAAAUGCUUACAGUGCUUUGUUUCUGUCCAGAACUUUUGACCAUCCAGAGUAAAGAGGAGAAUGACUUUGUCAUUAAUUAUUGCCCAGAGGUGUGGAAAGGUCUGGUCAACGUGUGGCUGGGAAUGUAUUAUGAUACAAGCAGUAAGUACCAUGUGACUGGAGAACAGAGGAAACUGGCUUGUCUGAGAUAAACUCAGAUCCCCUAUGGAAAUCAAACUGUAAAUAUGGUCACUUCUAUUAUGUGGGAAAGGGAAAUCAUGUUAUAAUGUGUUGGGUCUGAUGGCUGAUUGAUAGUUUUGACUCUGUACAUGAUUGUGUUUUACUCGUAAUUUAAAAAAAAAUAAAAACUAACAUAAAAAAUUCUGCUCUGGAUUUGUUCAAUUAAAGGUUUUUGACCCAUGAUGUCUUGGUCAUCGUAAAUCUGAUGAUGAAAGCUCAAUGUUUAUUUAUUUUUUGCUAUACAAACUUUUUUUCCACCAGAAAUUCAUAACUUAAGAGUUGCACUAAAUUCACUUCAACACGUGAAUGGCAAAACCUUGUUUUUUUUUCACUGUCUGUCAAUGGAAUGCUAAUGCUAACGAUGUACAUGCUGUGUCUGGUUUCAGGUGAAGACAUGAAGUGGUUGGGUGACAGCCCAGUACAGUUUACUAACUGGGAAGACAGCAGUUCUCCAUCAGACCUGGUGCCCAUGGACACAUGUGUGGCUCUGAACAGCAGGACAACAAAAUGGGAGAGUGUCAGCUGCUUGGAUGAUCUGGAGAACGGAGUGAUUUGUGAGACGAGUCAGAGUAAGAUCAGUGUUUAAAUAAUUUAAGGCCUGUUAAAAUGCGUCUGGAAGAUUUUUGUGAACUUGACUUAAAGAACACUGUGUGCCUUACCUAAGCCUGACUGUGUUUGUCUUUCUUUCAGAAGCAGAGGAAGCCAAAUCAAGUAGGUCAAUCCCUGAGCAUUUAUGUUCACAGUUUCUUUACAUGUUCCUGUGGGGUUAUGUGUUUCAAGCAUUGAGCUUCCUUACAUUGUUACUUGUCCCCCCUCAGAACCCAGCCCCUUGCUGUCCGCCCUGGUCAUUCUCAGCGUGGUGGCUAUCGUGGGAGUCUCUGCAGUUAUUUGGUUCCUGCACCAGAAGCACAAUCUUGGCUCCACUAUCAUCACAGCAUUUGAGUACCACCCUCCAUUCCGAGUACUGGAAACUGACCAGUCCUGCUUGGUGGAGGCUGAGGAGACUGACAGCGUGCCGUAGAAGAUUUCCCACUCUGGGAAAGAGCGAAAGACCCCCUUUACUGAGUGGGUGUUCAUGCAAAGAUUGGCCCUUUCUAUAAAACAGUCAGAGAAGUAGUUUGGGGUUAAUGUCAUGUUUUCGAAUAAUCUAGUGUAGUAGGAAGAAACUGACACCAAAUAUUAGCUUCUCAGAGUCUCUACUGGUGGUGUUAUCUGCACUUAUGGAGGAAUCAUCUGUAACUUCAUCAAAUUGAUUCAUUUUCAACUGUAGUCUGAUCUACAUGCACGCUAACUUGAUUUAACACAAGGUUAUCUUCUGGCAUUCUUCUUCAUCUCCAUAAUUUUUCGCAUCAGGUUUUCUCCUUUGUAUAUUAAUAGUAUUGCACUGUUGCACAUGAAAGAGGGAGGGACUACACAUGAUAUUCUGUUGCUUACCUACUUUGCCAAUUCUAGCAUUGAAUUCCUUUAAAGUUGGGAGACAUACAAGAGGGAGACAGAGUGAUUCUCUAUUAAAGGCAGUACUUGAUUUUUAAUUUCACUCUGACCCAACCAAUUUCAUGUUUUCAGCGUAACAUGUUCCCCAGGCUUUUUCAGAGACUUUUAAGAUUCCUCUACAAAAUAUUGCAUAUCUGGAAAACAUGAUAAGUAAAGUGACCUUUUUUGUGUGAAAUCAGUGCACUGUCCCUUUAAGCAGUAUUCAAAGAAACUGGGAUUCUGAAUCCCAAGGGCACAUGUAAAUAGCUUUACUGAAACAGACACUUUGUUAGAGUUUGAGUGAUUGUUGUAUUUACUCACCACAUGUAUAGUAAGAAUGAAAACCAAUCAAAGCCAGUAUUCAGUCCAGUGUCAUUCCUCAUGGAAGAAAUCAUUUCAAAGUGGCCAUUAUGAAAAUAAUCCACAGGAUUAGUUUGUUUGUCCAGAACAUGAGCAUUUCGACUUGAUCUUUCCUUGCUGGUCCAUGAAAUCCAGUCUUGGCCUUACAUGUGACAUAUUUUAAGAGAACAUUCAUGGUUAAGGUGUUUAUAAAUCGUCCUUUAACGAUUCAAGACAAUCUAGAUUUGGCUGUUACGUGAAUGCAGCAGUACUGUGUGAAAUAUUCUUCUAAAUACUGUUGCUGUUGCUUUUAUGCUAUGCAAUAUGUAUGUUGCGUAGGAUAAAAGUGUUUGUGCAAUAUGUGAGAUUAGUGUUGCAGGAUCUAGGUCCUUGUGAGUUUUUCACAAUAAACAAUGAUUGAAUGUAUCAAGA